UUCCGGUUUUGUAACACUGGCAACGCGUGAGUUAUGAAAGAGGAGUUUUUCUAUACACAUUGUACCGAACCAGCGUCUGUUUUACUCCUUUACGCCACAAUCAAGGUAUGGCUCAUACAUGCAUUCAUUGGUUCCGUAAGGGACUCAGGCUGCAUGACAACCCAGCACUGAUAGCAGCUCUAAGGGACUGUAAGGAGCUCUACCCUGUGUUCAUCCUCGACCCAUACCUCCAUAACAAGACUUCUGUGGGCAUAAACCGCUGGAGAUUCCUUAUUGGAGCCCUCAAGGACCUGGACUGCAGCCUCAGGAAGCUCAACUCCAGGCUGUUUGUUUUGAGGGGGAAGCCUGAGGAUGUGUUCCCAAAGCUGUUCAACCAAUGGAAAGUAACAAAGAUGACCUACGAGUUCGACACAGAGCCCUACAGUUUGAGCCGGGACAAAACGGUGACCACACUGGCCAAAGACCAUGGAGUGGAAGUCAUAUACAAAAUCUCACACACUCUGUAUGAUAUAGAAAGGAUAAUUGAGGAAAACAAUGGGAAGGCCCCCCUAACUUACACCCGUAUGCAGGCAAUCGUAAAGACCCUCGGCCCCCCAAAAAGACCAAUCUCUGCUCCAACCGUUGAAGAUAUGAAAGAUGUGAAGACCCCUUCUUUUAAAAAGCAUGAGGAGGAAUAUGGGCUCCCUACUCUUGAGGAGCUCGGUCACAACACCUCAGCUCUAUUUGAGGAGAAGUUCCCAGGAGGAGAACAGGAGGCACUGAGGAGUUUAGAUGAACAUAUGCAAAGAACGGGUUGGGUGUGUGGCUUUGAGAAGCCGCAGACUUCUCCAAACUCUCUGAGCCCGAGCACCACUGUUCUCAGUCCACAUGUGACGUUUGGCUGCCUGUCUGCACGCACCUUCUGGUGGAGGCUGACAGACGUUUAUCAGGGGAAGAGGCACUCGGAUCCUCCAGUGUCCCUACAUGGUCAGCUACUAUGGAGAGAGUUCUUCUACACAGCAAGUGUGGGGGUCCCAAACUUUAACAAGAUGGAGGGCAACCCUGUUUGUACACAGGUGGAUUGGGACACAAAUCCAGAAUAUCUUGCUGCAUGGAGAGAGGCUCGGACUGGUUUCCCCUUCAUUGACGCCAUCAUGACUCAGCUAAGGCAGGAGGGCUGGAUCCACCACCUGGCCAGACAUGCUGUUGCUUGUUUUCUCACCAGGGGAGACCUGUGGAUCAACUGGGAAGAGGGGCAGAAGGUGUUUGAGGAGCUUUUACUGGAUGGUGACUGGGCUCUGAACGCUGGAAACUGGCAGUGGCUCUCAGCAAGCACAUUCUUUCACCAAUACUUCAGGGUCUACUCCCCUGUGGCGUUUGGCAAGAAGACAGACAAAAACGGAGACUAUAUCAAAAAGUACCUUCCUCUUCUGAAGAAGUUUCCAGCCGCGUACAUCUAUGAGCCGUGGAAAGCGCCACACAGUGUCCAGCAGGCAGCAGGAUGCAUUGUGGGGAAAGAUUACCCACGUCCUUUAGUAGAGCAUGAAGUGAUCAGCAAGAAGAACAUCCAGAGGAUGAAGUUGGCUUAUGCAAAGAGAUCAGCAGAUUCUGAAUCACCCAGCAAAAAGCAAGGUGUAAAACGCAAGCAGCCAUCAGUCGCCGAUUUUAUGAAGAAAAAAGAGAAAAAAAAGUAAUAUUUGUCCAAGUUAAAGCAGAAUAAUGCAACAUAAGACUUGAAAACUGAACACUUCUGGGAUUUGGGCUGUCUUCACUGAAGUUCUGGCUGGACUGGAAACUAAAGUGGUUUUUAUUCUAAUCUAUACAGGCAGCAGACUGUUUGCUUCUUUUCUAUUCAAACUGUCAUUAAAAGCAUUUUCAAUUGCAAGUAGUGUUUUUACUUUUACUGUAUGUUUAAAAAGUAAUACAAGUAUAAGCAUGAUGUUCUGAUUUGGUUGAAAGUCUUGAGUUUGUAUGGAGACAGAAUGUAUGCUUUAUAUGUAAGUACUGUUUUUAUAAAUAUAUUACUGUAACAUCCCCGAAAUGUUUUAUUUUCUGCGGUGUUCCUCGCUGGUGUCACAGUGUUUCAAUCUAAAUAAAGAUAGAGAUUUAAAAAAAAAAAAAUAGGUUCCAGAUAUUAACAGGUGUGGUGAAAUGCCCGGUGUAUCAGUGUUAAUGGAAAACCUCAUUUUUCCUUCUGUGCAGUGACACCUCAAUAUGAAGAUCUGUUUCUGCAUCACAGAUAAUGAAUGGCCAAAUUCAACCAAAGCUUGUACUUUCAUUGUAAUGAUUCCACAUUUACCACUAGAGGUUGCUGUUGUUCUACCGGCAGAAAAAACUCUUAUCUCGUUAUUGUGUUUCACUGUAGAAUGUAUUGACAGAAUAUGUCUAGUCAAAGAGGCAUUAAACCUACAUGUACAGCUGUAGAUGAUCAUCAUUAGACGGUACUAUAACUGCAGCAAAGGAGCCAAAUACAGCAAGGCUGAUGAAUCUAAUGAAGUCUAAAGUGGAAUUUUUAUUUUAAAAUGAAAGUUUGAAUUUAUCCCAAAGAUGAAUUAAUUCAAAUGAAAGUGUCUUAAUUUUCUGCUUUUAA